AGGAGUAGGAGAAAGAGAGAGAGUCCAGCCUAUGGGCCCAGAAGUGGACUCCGCAAAGCCGUCUCAGCUGCGUGAGCCGUGACGCGACGCAACCGAGACGGCCCAUGUUCUUCUUCUUCUUCCCCGCAUUUAAGUAGCCCCAAUCCAAAGAAUCCAAAUCCCCCCGACAUAAAUCGAGAAAUCGUUGCGAUCUGAAGCAAGGCGGCCGCUCGGCGCUCGCGAUCUUCGUCAAGAUGCAGAUCUUUGUGAAGACACUCACUGGCAAGACCAUCACCCUCGAGGUUGAGUCCUCUGAUACAAUUGACAAUGUGAAGGCCAAGAUUCAGGACAAGGAGGGCAUUCCACCUGACCAGCAACGUCUCAUCUUUGCUGGCAAGCAACUAGAGGAUGGCCGCACCCUCGCGGAUUACAACAUCCAGAAGGAGUCCACCCUCCACCUUGUCCUUCGCCUCAGGGGAGGCAUGCAGAUCUUUGUGAAGACCUUGACAGGAAAGACCAUCACUCUUGCGGUCGAGUCCUCGGACAAGAUCGACAAUGUGAAGGCGAAGAUUCAGGACAAGGAGGGAAUUCCCCCGGACCAGCAGCGCCUCAUCUUUGCAGACAAGCAGCUCGAGGAUGGACGUACACUGGCUGAUUACAACAUUCAGAAGGAGUCCACCUUGCACCUGGUGCUCCGCCUCCGUGUGGCCGGUAGGUUCAGAUGUUUUGCUACGCCUGGUGGGCGGUGGCUUUGCGCAAAUGAAGUUUGUGAUGGUGUUAGUUUCAAGUUCCCAUUUGGGUUUCAGUCAUCGUCGUGACACGAUAUAUGUUAAGAACAACUCUAGUUAGCAUCCUGCUUGUUCUUGAUACUUGUCCCUGUUUUUCAGAAAAAUCAAUCCUGCUUAUUCUGGAUAUGUGUUCUUUAUUUCCAGAAAACGGUAUGCUUGUGCCAUUAGACUUUGCUCAAGGCACAAGAGGUUCUAGAAUUUCAGUGACAUAUUGGUGCUAUCAUUGCCAAACUCGUUUGGUACCAUUA